CGGACUGGAGAGACUGAGGAGCAGCGUCAGGGUUUAAAGGGAAGCGUGGAGAUUUAAACAAACAGACAUCCUAAAGGCUUCACUCACUAUGGAAACACUAGUUGAGCGACUGGAACAGGCUGUGAUUCGGCUCGAGACUGUUUCAGCCAAGCUUCAGGGUUGCUCUGGGAGCUUGUCCAAUGGCGAGGUCAACGGAUUUAAUGGUGAAUCCCAGUGCAUGGAUGCGUUUGACCAUUUACUGACAGGCCCUGUGUGUGAAUACUUGAAGAACAGCCGGACUAUUGGAGGAGAUGUGGCGAAACAUGCUGAAAUGGUACACAAUGCCCUGCAGGUACAGAAGGCUUUCCUCAAGCUGGCCACCACACACCAGGAGCCUGCCCAGAUGGAGCUGGCAGACCUCCUCAGGCCCAUCUCGGAGCAGAUCGAGCAGAUCCAGAACUUCAGAGAGAAGAACCGAGGCAGUCGUCUGUUUAAUCACCUGUCUGCUGUCAGUGAGAGCAUUCCUGCCCUGGGAUGGGUGGCAGUGAAUCAGAAACCUGGGCCCUAUGUGAAAGAGAUGAAUGAUGCUGCGAUGUUCUACACCAACAGAGUCCUGAAAGACUACAAAGACGUUGACCCUUGCCAUGUGGAGUGGGUUCGCUCCUACCUGAGUAUCUGGACUGAACUGCAGGCCUUUAUUAAACAGCACCACACCACUGGACUCGUCUGGAGCAAGACUGGUCCUGUAGCUCCUUCAUCCCUUUUCGUGGCUGAACCUGCUCCUCCCUGUCCCCCUGCUCCUCCAUGUCUGCCUGCUCCACCUCCACCUCCACCUGCGUUCCCAGCUGAAGAUCUAAAGCCUGACAACAGUGCAGCUCAGCGUUCAGCUCUGUUCGCCCAGCUCAACCAGGGAGAGGCCAUUACUAAAGGAUUGAAGCAUGUGUGUGAUGAGCAGAAAACCCAUAAGAACCCUACUCUUCGCUCUCCGGGAGGGACAAGCCAGACUUCUCCGUCAAAAGGCAGAGCUCCUAGCUCCUCUACCCCCAUACCAGCUCAGAAAAGAUCUCCACUCCUGGAACUGGAGGGAAAGAAGUGGAGGGUGGAGUAUCAGGAACAGGUACAUGAUCUGGUAAUAGGGGAAACGGAGCUGAAACAGGUGGUUUAUAUCUUCAGCUGCAACAACUCCACACUUCAGAUUAAAGGCAAAGUCAACUCCAUCAUCGUGGAUAACUGCAAGAAGCUUGGCCUUGUGUUUGAGAAUGUGGUUGGCAUUUUUGAAAUCAUCAACUCCAGAGACAUCCAGCUCCAGGUGUUGGGAAAAGUGCCCACCAUUUCCAUCAAUAAGACAGAAGGAUGCCACGUCUACCUGAGUAAGGAGUCUCUCAGCUGUGAGAUUAUCAGUGCCAAGAGUUCAGAAAUGAACAUUCUGGUUCCUCAGGAAGAUGAUGAUUACAGAGAGUUUCCUGUGCCGGAGCAGUUUAAGACCAUCUGGGAUGGGUCCAAGCUGGUGACGGAGCCGAGUGAGAUUGCUGGCUGAUUGACAGAUUAAUUUUCAUUUCCACAUCUCUGCUGGUAGCCCCCAUACCUCUCACUGUACUCUCAGCACACAAUUUUAUAGACACAGAUUCGUCUUAUGUCUGGAUUAUAGUUAGUAACGAUUCUCCAUCAAAAACGUGAUUUAGUGUAUGAAUAGAACUAAUCUAGUCCACAUGCUAGAAAUUCAGUCAAAUUCAUGAUUAAGGUUCAGAUUUAACCACAAUAAUAUACAAUAGUUGUGUUGUUU